AUGGCACCAAAACGCGGUCAACCACCUAAUGCACGCCAAGAGUCACUAAAUGUGAACGGACAAUCGUCGCCUGUCCAGCCACGUUCGACGUCACCAUCCUCGGGCUUCACACAAUUUUUAACACGGCCGUCGAAAUGGUUCAGUCGCAGCGUGUCUGCAUCGAAGGUGUCGCCAGGUCCCUCAGAGGAAAGACCGAGCAUUGGCAGUGGAGGGAGGAAACAUAAAAUCUCUCGUCCAACAGACCCGCGCCCUAUUUUGGACGCAUAUCAGGCAGGAGGUGCCAGUCGAUCUGUUCUCGAUCUCUCUGUUCGCCAGCAAGGAUCAAUCGAGGUCUCAAGGUUCCCGCCUCCUAGCGUUCCGUCGAGCCCCACCGUAGGGCACUCGCCGAGCGGUUUAGGAGACCUGCGCGCCAUCUCGCGAAAGGGGUGGUCCCGGUCUGCGGAUGACCUCAGCAGGAUGUCUCCAGCGGAAUUCUCUCCAGUCAAGUCGUCUUUCCAGGAACGUAUCGCGGAAUAUCGCAAUCGGAGCGACAGCAACCCCAGCGUAGUUUCCCUUGCGAGCCAAAGCCCGAUCUCUCCUCCACACCCGAUCAACGGACGGCAUCCGUUUCCGUCAGCCGGACCCUCUUCCCCAUCGUCCUCGCCGCCACGAAGCGCGACGCUGCCUACGGUCUCCAUUUCCAUCUCUUCACUCGCCCUCGAUGAACGGCCGGUUCCCAGGACCACCUCGCCAACACCUGCCCACACGCGAUCACACUCUUUCACUCCGAAGUUACCGUCCAAGCUAGCAACACCACGAAUUCCCCAAAGUCCCCAGCGAGAACGCUCCCAUGAUCGCGAACUCGAUGUACGAGACCUCGACCGGCCCAUUCUUGGCACCCCAACGAGAGCAGCGUUCGGAUUUGGGUUUUCAGGCCUUCCGCCAAAUAAGAUGAUGUUGGACACCAGCCCAGCACCUUCGCCAACCACCCAUCGUUCUACGACACUGCUGCCGCCUCCGAUGAUUCUCGAGCCUAAGGGUGGGCCAGAAGAUCGCGAGCGUGCCGACAUGAAAAGAUCGUCACAGAUUGUGUUCAACAGUGGCUUCAUCAACCGUCUCGCUGACGUGCCGACCAAUUUCAACCAUGCCAACCUUCCUUUAUCCAAGGGUUGGAAGCCCUAUAAGCUCGAGCUUAAAGGCUCAAAGCUUUAUUUUUACAAACCGCCAAACGAUAGAGCUACUGAAAUUAAAGAGCUUUUCCCAACAUCGCUUGUUCCUCCUUCGGAGCAAGACGAUGAUGAUUUUAAUGCCGAGACGCCGGUGGCUGAUGAUGUGGAUGGAAUGGGGCGAUCGAAGAAGGGUAAAGGACGGGAAGAGAGCCAAGCUGGAGCUGUUGGUCGGAAGAAGAGGGCAUACUGGGGAAGGAGAACACAUCCUGACCUCAUUCGGGAUGCUUCGACCGGUGUAGUGGAGAAAGGAACAUUGGAAGCCCUCGUCCAUGAAGCCGCCUUCGCAACUACAUUCUUAUGUCCACCGAAGGAAGGCGAACUAGAAGACAAGGAUACACAGAAACUUCGCUGGCACGAAUUUGCAUCGUCUGUCAUUUUUUCUCUGCCUUCGAUCGUUGGCCAGCAAGCGUUUGAAGUGGAGUUCCUUCGAUGUUGCUCGUACUUGGUCAGCGGGGCGGAAGAUGGCGUCAGGGAAGAGGAGAGGUUGCGUGUCGCUUGGCUCGCGAACGAGUACUUGCGUUAUCACGGCCGGCCAGCAGAUACGUCUGCUUGGGACGAGUGGAAGAAAGAAACGAUACCGGAUGCCGACCUUAGUGCUGAAGUACCCGUGUUUGCUUCCUCAGGUCUGCCAUCAUCGAGCUCUAUGCAGGCGAUUCUUCAGUCUUCUCCGUCAAUUGGCAGUGGCUCUCCGAACAUCAACACCUUCUCGCCUCGCCCAGAUGACAGUAGCAGCAAGAUGAUGCCUCUCCUGGAUGCCCUCUUUCCGACACCACCUCUACCUCUUGAAACCCGAGGAUACGACAGACAGCAGCCCGUAAGACCUGGCCCCGGUCUCACACCGCCAGGCAACCGAUUCCCGUGGGCUGCCAUGUACGAAGAAGGUUUGACUCGCGACAUCCUCUUCUGCAUUGACCCCUAUCUACUCGCCAAAAGUUUGACGUUAUUCCAUCGAUCGGUUCUCGAACAGUGCCCAGAGAACGUCACCGCCGGGUUCAUUGCUGCCUCCGAUGCUCAGCAAACCUACGACGACCAAGGCCAGCCUUCGUCAGAGUCCGCAUCCAUCCACUUGUUCGGCUCGGAUGACCACCCACAUUGGCUGACGAAACUUGUGCUGCUGCAAAUUCUGGGCACCGACAAUUCAGCUAGCCACCACUAUAACACGUCAAGCGCGAACCAGCUAGCACUGGCCUCGCCCGGUCGCAAGUCGGAAGAACGCGGUGGUGGCGGUGGUCCUCCUCAGACCUCGCGGACACACUCUAGGUCGGAGGUCAUCUCAGUUUGGGCGAAGGUGGGCGAGCUGUGCAGGGCCAGUGGGGAUGAGUGCUCGUGGCAGGCCAUUGCUGCUGCUUUAUGCUCAAGACCUGUUGCCAGACUCGAUAAGGUGUGGAAGAGGGUUGACCCAAAUGCUUUGGCAGCCAUCGAGUCGUGGGUCCAUGUUCCGGAGUCGGGUCUGGGCGAGCGGGCAACGGUGUCGGAACCUCGGGUCACCCCUUGGGGUGGGGAUGUGAAAGCUAGACUGGGAGAGGAGUUAGGGAAGGCCAAGGGUGAGAAUGACUCCAUGGUGCAGAUGGAGCCCACCUUGAAGGCGAAAGUGUUGUUUGAACAAUUCAGGACGUCGUUUGCUCUCUGCCCGAGGAAAGUCUGUGUGCCGGAGAACGAGAUCAGUGAGGACAUAAAGAGGAUGGUAGGCUUUUGGAGGAACCUAGCCGCUGAAGGAGGUGGGACGAGUGGUAUUGCUGUCAAAUUCAAACGUGUGGAUCAAUUUAUGUCGUUGUCUCUUGCCGCCGAACCUCGUCGGAAGGGUCUAUUCGAACCUUACUUCUGGUCAAGAUCGGCGUCGUUCCAUUCACCGUUCACUUCUCUAGUCCCUCUCCUAUUCCCCGAUCCCCUCCCUUCUUUGACCCUUGUCGAUCGAUCAAAGCUCAUUCGAAGUCGCAUUGACAGCGAUGCUUCAGAUCUUCAGUACCUUCGCAGCCUAGAUGCUCAGCUUAGGGCAGAUGCUGCUCGUCAACUACAUGGCUUCGAUCAGAACCAAGAUUUUACCAAACGUCUCAUCUUGGGCAAUGGAGGUACCGUCAUCCCGGUGCACAACGGAGAUCUGCUUCUGGUUGUUCAGAGCGGAGGCUUCGAAUCAACUUCAGACUCGCGACCAUCUUCCCAGAUGCCCUCACGCCCGCCUAGCUCUGUGACAGAACUGGGAGAACAGCGGACCGUCAGCCGGAAUCCCUCCAUCCGUGUGAAGCCUGGGACGUCGAAAGGAUUGGAUAGGAAGACAAGUGUUGCGCGGCGUAGUUCAUUGCCUUCGGUCUCCCAUCUCUCUCGCUCUAACUUUGUUAUUGCUGAAUCCUCCUUGGACCCACCACUUCGCGUCAUCGUUCAGGCUGGCACACUCAAUAACUUGGUCAACAUCCUUGUGCAUGGAUUGGAGAAGAUAUCGGUGUCCGUGGCUGACGAUAACGGGGAGAUGUCGUUGCGCGAGGGCAUGAUGCGCGAGCUUAUGCUAGAUCGUAUGGAGUUUGCUCGCGUUUGGUGGAAUGUGUUCAGGAGUUUUGUCACUCCUUUCGUCUUCUUCGAGCUCCUGCGUAAAAUUUACAUCACUGCUCAACCACCUGGGUCAUCACCUACAUCAGCCGAUUAUCUCGAUGCUAUCAACAAUCGUGCCGAGGUACUAGCUACGAUCAAGGAAUGGCUGACACUCGGAGGUGGUGCUCAGGACAUCUUAGACGACAAUCAACUCUUCAUUGCUGUGCAAUCUUUCCUGGAAUGUCCUGCAGACCAUCAACUCUUCACGUCACCUGUGUCAGAGGCGGACCUAGUGAAGCAAGCCACGGAGUCAUUGUCGGAGACGAGGCAAUCUCUGUCAACAGUAUUUAUCUCUCAAAUGCAACGACCGACAAUAUCUCGAGGCGUUCACCCUCGUCCUUCAAGUGGACCAAGAAGUGCCAGAAAGCGAAACAUCAGCACUCGCGACCCGCCUGACCUCGAUCACAUGGAUCCUGAAGACUUUGUUGAUAAUCUGGACGGAAUGGCUAGCGCUGCUUUUAGCAACAUAACUCAGGAGGACCUUUAUAUCACUGCAGACCUUCUCGAAGUGCAAACCCUGGAUCGAACAGGAUGGUUCUCAGCUCGCGAUGUGCCGACUUCUGAAGAGUUGGUUGAGAUCCAGACAAUCUACUCUCAUAUUCAAGACGUCGAGCCAUCUUCUUUGAUAUCAGAGCGUUCUCAAGAUGCUCUCUAUCGCCUUUUGCCCCCAGGCAUCCGCAGCUGUAUUAGGGCGUACACCAUCAUUCGAAAGUGGCUUAUAUCGAAGCUAGUCGCUCCCAGGAUCGGUCUCCGUGCACGGCAAGCUCGCAUGGAACUUUUAAUUCAGGUGAUUGAAGUCGCAAGACUACGAAACACGGAGACCCCGUCUACGGCCCAACUUAUCGAACAGCCCUGUGUUCGAUCGUUUGUGGAGGCAGUCGCUACAUCCGCGCUACUGAGUGUAGAAAGUCGACUUCAUCACCGCGCCUGGCAAAGCAUCGCUAUCAGCCGAGGUUGCAAUUGUGAUUCUCUCUCGUCGCUACUACUUCGUCCAUUCGUCCAAACGACAUCUGCCCAAGAGUCGCUGACGAUCGAUAUUGGCUGGCUCUUGGAGCGCAUGAUAGAGAUUAUAGCCGCUCCGGAUGUUAUCGACAGCCCCUCUCAAGAACCUCAGAGCCUCGUUAAUUUCGACAAGCGCAGACACCUCUGCAACCUAAUCAGCAAAGCCUCUUGCCUCCCAUCGGCCCGCAAAUUGCCCUCAGAAGAGGCCCAUCGACGUGGAUUUGAACGGCUCAACAACAUCGAGAAGGAAGUUAUAGCGUUGCAAUUCGAUCUUCGAGGGGUCAAGGAAGAGGCGAUAAGAGAAGCUACGUCAUCCAGCAUGAAUGGAGCACCGCCCAGCAAGAAGCCUGUUCGUCCGUUUUCCAAGGUUGUCGCUAUCCAGGUCGAGAAGCAUCGGAGAGACAAGAACAUGCGAACUCGGGCCCAACGGGAGAAAAUGCAAGAGCAAAGUAAGAACGAUCGUCGAGAUGACCUCCUCAACAAAGCUAUGCGUCCUCGCAAACCGUUGUCCAAUGCUCAGAAACAACACCGGAACAAGAAAAGCAUGUCGGCUUUCCUCAACUUCAUGCGACCUCUCUCCAGUGCCUUCGGAGCGGAAAUUUCUUACCACGUCACACACAAGAGGUCCGCGUUGGAGUUGGACUUUUCUGCCAUGGGAAAGCCCUCGUUGGUGCUCAGCAUUCUGGAUGCCCAGGUCUCUCAGUUCAUCAACAAUGAGCGGUCUUUCAUGUUCAAACUUGAUACCGAGGACGGUGGCCAUUACCUCUUGCAGGCCGUCAGCAAACGAGAGAUGAACAAAUGGCUCGAGACCAUUUCUCGUGUUACGAAGUCGGCAGCGAAGCGGCGGUUGACCUACCUUGGCAAUCCCAAACCUCAGAUCGCCGACCAUAUCCACUCACACCCCAUUGUUGCUUCUUGCGACCCUAAAGCUGUGUUCGGCGUCGAACUGGAGUUCCUUCUUCGUCGAGAGGCUGGAGGGGACGAGAUACCACCCGGCACGGUCCCCCUCAUCAUUGAACAAUGUCUGGCCGAGAUUGAAUCCCGCGGGUUGAGUGAAGUGGGCAUUUAUCGAAUUGCUGGUGCUACAACAGAGAUCAACGCCCUCAAAGAUGCAUACAACCGAGGCGAGUUCCCAAUUCGACCGACAACAGAUAUUCAUGCCAUCUGCGACUUGGUCAAGUCAUGGUUCCGGGUUCUUCCACAGCCUGUAUUUCCGCCAGAUUCGUAUCGGGACGUGAUGCAAGCGAUGAGACAAGAGAAUUUGGAUGACCGCCUGGUCAGCAUUCGCAACGUCGUCCAGGCUUUGCCCCAAUCCAACUUCGAUAUCCUCCGGAGAGUCUCGGAGCACCUUGAUAAGGUCACGGACUACGAAGAGCAUAACCAGAUGACCGCUGAGGCGUUGGCGAUUGUCUUCAGCCCUAAUCUCUUGAGGGCACCCCAAAACGACUUUGUAAUGAUUCUUAACAAUAUGGGGCUUUCCCACAAACUUGUGAAAGCUUUGAUUACACACUUCCACGUCAUCUUUGACGAAGCUGAUCCCGAGGCUGAGCUUCACUCUGAGGACGAACUCGAUUCACCCAUUCCUGAAGAAGACGAAGAAGAGGAAGAACAUGCAGCCCACGAUUCUAUCCACGACCCCCAUGACAAUCAACCAUCGCUCAACAACGGAAGCCAAUAUACCCCUCCUUAA